UGUUUCAAGUUAGCCUCUGCCACGUCUCAAGGCUAAAAGCACCAUGCAGCAGCUUUGCCCAUUCUCAACCUUUUUUGCAAGCUUUCGUUCUCAUGAGCCUGCUAUUCUCAUUAUGCCAUUACUAUUCUGCUCUUUGUUGCUGCUGCUACUGCUGCAAAAGUUCCUCCGCUGGUGCCAACCCAGGCACAAACGCCUCCCCCCUGGUUCAAUGGGUUGGCCCUACAUAGGGGAGACCAUCAAGCUCUACACUGAAAACCCAAAUUCCUUCUUUUCGAACAGGCAAAAACGGUAUGGGGAUAUCUUUAAGACCCACAUAUUAGGUUGCCCCUGUGUAAUGAUUUCCAGCCCAGAAGCAGCAAGAAUUGUUCUAGUGAGUCAGGCUCAUCUGUUCAAGCCAACUUAUCCGGCAAGCAAGGAGAAAAUGAUAGGGCCAGAGGCUAUAUUCUUUCAUCAGGGACCCUACCAUUCAAGGCUCAAGAAGCUGGUUCAGGCUUCCUUUCUGCCCUCUGCAAUUAGACGGUCGGUCUCGGAUAUUGAGCAUAUUGCUCAGAAACUUCUCCCCACUUGGAAGAAUCGCACCAUUAACACCUUGCAAGAGAUGAAGAGGUAUGCUUUUGAAGUGGCGAUGAUUUCGGCAUUCGGAGACAAACUCGACUCAGAAAUGGAAGGAAUAAAAAGUUUGUAUCUAUGCCUUGAGAAGGGCUACAAUUCCAUGCCUCUAAAUCUACCGGGAACUCCCUUUCGCAAAGCAAUGAAGGCAAGGAAGCUUCUCAAUGAGACAUUGAGAAGAUUAAUCGAAAAAAGGAGAGAGGGAGGGAGAAAAGGCGGGGGCUUGUUGGGAGUAUUACUAGGAGCUGCCAAAGACAAGAAGCUCAAUCAGCUUACCGAUUCUCAAAUUGCAGACAAUAUAAUUGGAGUAAUCUUUGCUGCUCAUGAUACAACUGCAAGUGCCCUUACGUGGGUUCUUAAGUAUUUGCUCGAUAAUGGCAACCUCCUAGACGCCGUGACGAGGGAACAAGAAGGAAUUCAACGCAAACUAUUUGAGGAAAAUCGUGGACUUACGUGGGAGGAUACUCGGCAAAUGCCGUUGACUGGCCGGGUGAUUCAGGAAACACUGAGAGCUGCAAGCAUACUCUCAUUCACAUUCAGAGAAGCUGUCCAAGAUGUUGAAUUUGGGGGCUAUUUUAUUCCCAAGGGUUGGAAGGUUCUGCCUCUCUUCAGAACCAUUCAUCACCGUGCUGAGUUCUUCCCACAACCCGAAAAGUUUGACCCUUCAAGAUUCGAGGCGCCACCAAGACCUAACACGUACAUGCCGUUCGGGAAUGGAGUCCAUGCUUGUCCAGGCAGUGAGCUGGCCAAGCUUGAGAUGCUCAUCCUUCUUCACCACCUCAGCACCUCUUACAGGUGGGAAGCUAUGGAAGACGGGGAUGGAAUACAAUAUGGCCCUUUCCCGGUACCCAAACGGGGUUUACCUAUAAAAGUAACCCCAAGGAACAAGAAGCAGCCAUGAGCAUGGUGUCUUAAUUCUUAGUUCUUGACGACGACCGAAUGUAAUUGUCCACUGGGGAACGAAAGCAACUUAUCCCCAUAGAGUACCUUUUUCUUUUUUUCUUUUUUUUUUAAUCUUUGUCGUUUGGAAUCCUGUAUUUGCAAGCUCUCUAGAUAGCUGGGACGUAUUUCGUCCAUGCCAGUUAAACGCGGGAUGACGAGUCGGUGUCAAUGCCAAUGCAUUAUUAAUUAAUUAAUGCA